ACUGGGGCACACAGCAAUCGGCAGCGCAAAUUCUUCACGUCGUCGCAGCUGUCUGGAUUUUCGAAUUUUCUUCCCUUUGCAACUUCAAAAACAGCAAAAAAAGGAAAACGCCGGUUUCCUUGCUCUUCUCUUUCCACCAUUACAAAGACCUCUUCGCCCUUAAACAUCCUGCCUUCAUAAAAUAAGAAGAUAUGGGGGGCAAGACCGGUAACAAGGCUGGGUACUUCGACAAGCUCAAGGGCUUGCUCGAGGAGUACAAGUCCAUCUUCAUCGUCGGUGUCGACAAUGUCAGCUCCCAGCAAAUGCACGAGAUUCGCCAGUCGCUCCGCGGCGAGGCUGUCGUGCUGAUGGGCAAGAACACCAUGGUUCGCCGUGCGCUGAAGACGUUCCUCACCGACUCGCCCGAGUACGAGCGCCUCCUGCCCUUCGUCAAGGGCAACGUCGGUUUCGUCUUCACCAACGACGACCUGAAGGUGAUCCGUGACAAGAUCCUGGCCAACCGUGUCAGGGCCCCCGCCCGUGCCGGCGCCGUCGCCCCCGACGAUGUCUGGGUCCCCGCCGGAAACACGGGCAUGGAGCCCGGCAAGACCUCGUUCUUCCAGGCCCUCGGUGUCCCCACCAAGAUCGCCCGUGGUACCAUUGAAAUCACCACGGACCUGAAGCUCGUCGAAGCUGGUGCCAAGGUCGGCCCCUCGGAGGCCACCCUGCUCAACAUGCUCAACAUCUCGCCCUUCACCUACGGUCUUACCAUCCAGCAGGUCUACGACGAGGGCAACGCCUUCCCCGCGAGCGUCCUCGACAUCAGCGAGGACCAGCUCCUCAAGACCUUCUCGUCGGCCAUCACCACCAUUGCCGCCGUCUCGCUGGCCCUCAACUUCCCCACCCUGCCGUCCGUCAUCCACUCCAUGGUCAACGGCUACAAGAAGGUCAUCGCCGUCGCCCUUGGCACCGAGUACAGCUGGCCUGCUGUUGACGAGCUCAAGGACCGCAUCGCCAACCCCGACGCCUACGCCUCGGCCGCUCCCGCCGCCGGCGCUGGUGGCGGUGAUGCCCCGGCCGCCGCCGAGGAGAAGAAGGAGGAGGAGGAGGAGGAGCAGUCCGAUGAGGACAUGGGCUUCGGUCUCUUCGACUAAACGGAUCACCUUCUCGACGCUCUGAAGAUAUGACUGCCAAACGCCUGCAGUUUUUUUUGGCCACCAUUGAGACUAGAUUUGUGCGAGCUACUGCCUGCUUCGCAGCAAUGAAAUCUUGUCCUGGCUACCCCCGCUCCCCGUUGUUGUGAAGAGCAGUGAGGUGCUGUGUUUCUUGUGAUUAGGACGCAACACGCGAGCCUUGUCCGCACAUCUAGAGACAGAUUCUACAUGCACUGCCCGUAUCGUGAUGUUUUGCAUUGUGCCACUAUGUAAAUCUGUUACUCCGUAAAUGCCUAGAUACUUGGGUAUUCAUAUUGGGCAGUAGAUUUUCAUGGGUCUGCUGAGCUUGGUACCCAGGUAGGGUAAGGACCCAGGUAUCUUACCUACCACUCAAUUAGAGAUAACAGCCAGCACAUUGACGUAGCUUCAUGUCACUGGGGCGUACGGUAAAGUCAGCGCAGGGAAAAUGUGAAUUUCAUUAUCAGAUCGGACAUAACAUCAUAAAUCAAGCAUCCUUGAUCUUUACCGUAACCUGUGCGUCGUCAAGGAUAUCCUGAGCA